GGAUUACUUAUGGUAUAUUUAUGAAGUUUAUACCAUUGGAAAGUAAUUAGACAAUUGAAUUAUAAAUUCAUUUGAAUUACUUGUGGUAUAUCAUGUUACAUAAAUGAAAUGUCAUUGGUAACUAAUUAGAUGGGAUUUCCAUUACUGGAAUGCAUCUGAAUUACUUAUGACGUCUCAAGUUGCCUUGAUCAAUACCAUUGGUAAGUAAUUAAAUGAUAUUUCUAAUAAAAUCUGAAUUGUUUGUGGUAUGCUAAUCGAGUGAGAUCAUACCAUUGGUAAACAAUUAGAUACAUAUAGUGGUUGGCAAGUUCAAUAAGUAAAACCAUGGAAAAUAAAUGGGAUUAUUCCAUGAUGUUUGGUAAAGGGUGGAAUUGUGGGGGAGAAGAGCUAGCCAUUGUUUCGGCUACUAUCUCAAGACCCUACAAUGGGACGCAAACCUAUCCAUAAGACAAAAUUGGAAAGGUAAGCGAAGUCAUACUUGAAAGUAUGAAGGUGUCCAAUGAGUAAGUGAGAGUCCUUAAACCUUGUGAAGUUAACCCAGUCCAAGGGUAUAACUUAUGAGUAAACUCUAACAUAUAUUGACGUUAUGUCAGAGAGCUAUAAUAAUUUUUGAUGUUGAUCCACUCUUCCCAAAGAGAUGAUUUUGACCAUAUACAUGAAUGUAUAUGGACAACAUUCCCCAAACCGGAAACUUUGGUUUCAACAACUGUGGCGAAAAAGUUGAAAUGUGGGGGAUAAAUUGGGGAGAAGUGAUGUGGAAUGUCGCUUGGGUGAUUCCAAAGUGAAGUGUUGUGAAUACUUAGGAGUUUUACGUAAACUCUAAGCUAAGUCAUAAAUUUAACUACAUUUGAAGAGAUACUUGUGAAGUUUAAGUACUCUAAGGUAAAUGAAGUAGAGAGACUUCAACACCGUUGGCAUGUGUUAUGAUUAUUGCAAGGCAAUAAAUCAAGGCAAACACACAUGAUGUGUAGUGAAUCAAAAGAGACGAGUCUUUGGUGUAUUUUACCCAAAGGAACUCACUGGGUGAACCAAAAGCCAUAGUCCAUUAAUGGAUAGGCAUUUAUGGUUAACGAGGAGCAGUAUCUUGGAAAACGUCCAAGUUAAACUCUAAGACCGGUGAAGUUGAAUAGUUUGGCCCGCAAAGACUAGCGUUAAUAAAACGCACUUGUGCACAAAAUUGUUAUUGCAAGGGCUAGAAGUGUUAUGUGAAAAAUCUCGUCAUUGAUAAUGGAAACAUAACACUAAGGUCAAUUUCUAGCGAAGUUAUCUAAGUUGAUCAUGUAAAUCAAGUGAUAACAAAUGUGGGGCCCACCUAGAAAUUAAUUAAAUUAUCGAAGGGAAUGGACUCGUGGCCUAGGACAAAUCAUCAUGGCGGUAACUCUACCUAAUCAGGAUUGGCAGACCCAACCUCUAGGUUCAAGGAGCAAACAAAGUUGUGAAUGAUGGUCCGACAUUGUCAAAAUUAUUCAAAUUCCAUUCUCAUGAUGAGACAAUGUCCAACUAUAAGGGUAAACCUAAAGAUGGAAGGUUUUUAAUGGUUUCUAAGUUUGACACGGGAUGUGAUCAAAUAGUGUAUUUUUAGAAUACAUGUUUAGAAAUCACCUAUGUGAGUGUGAAGUGGAGCCGCUUCAAGGAGAAUAAAAGAAGUCCAGUUCUCUAAGCACUCAUGAGACCAGGCGGUGUUCAUGGCUAAAACGAACACAACAAUGAGAACCAGUGAACGGAUAAGAGUUAGUUGUGUGACAUAUGUUGUCUUAGUAUACAAGAAAACCGACGGUUCAAAGAUAUCAUAUCUACCGAUUGGUGAGUAUACUCUAUAUAUGUUCACUAUGGAAGGUUCAAAGGGAAACCCACCUAUCCAGAUGCAACUAAUUCUUAGUUGAGAAUCACACAGUUUUUACAUAGUUUUCAAAACUUGCAUUCUCCAUUCAUGUGGGGGAUUGUUGGGAUUUUUAGUGGUGUGAAUGGAAAUACAAGGGGAAAGUUUCAAGAGAGUCUCUUGAAGUACCAUGUUGGUAAGAUGUGGGAAGGCACGACCUCGAAUUCGAUCGAUUUGAUGUAAUAUGUGGUUAAUCACUUAAAUUGGUUUGUGUACCAAACGAACCAAACCAAGUUGAACCAAAUCGAACCGAACCGAUGUGGCGGUUGGAAUAACCAAACCGGUCCAACUACCAUGGGCCGAACCGAUGCAAUGGUUCAUUAUUUCAAACGUGAACCAAUGUGUUGGUUGGGGUGUAACCACCCAUUUGAAGAGUCGCCUCCCUUCGUACGCACCCCUUCAUUUUCUAUAAAUAACACCUAACCCCCUCUGGUUUUUUACAUCGGUUUUUCCCGGUACCAAAACUCUAUCAAAAUCCAAAACUAGUAUUCUUCAUUCUUUUUCAAAGAGAAAAACAAGUCAAGUGUGGUUCUCGCCGGUUCGCUGCGUUCGAUGAGUUCCGGGGUUUGAGGUACCGCUACACCGGAAAAGGUACGUCCUUUCUAUCCUGGGAGGAAUCAUUCCAUAACCUUGGGUACUUGAGGGGAAUAAGAUUCUUUAAGGAGAGAUAGUGAAUUCUAUCGGCUAGGACGCUUGCAUGUGUCUUUGCAUGUUUUCUUAAUCUUAUGUGUUUGCUUGUGUUGCAAGAAAAUAGUAUACGUGAACAAUUUCCCCAACAAAAUCUUCUAUCACGGUGUCGCACUACAAUCCUGCACCUGACGCUGCCAUACAGGACACAAGCAUAAAGUUUUAAAAUUCAUCAUUAGCAUAAAGCAAAAGUUACAUAAGAUUAAGUAGCCAAUAUCCUAGGAAAAAGGAUUCAAGACUUGAGAUUUAACCGGGAUAGGAUAGGUUUUUUAGGAUAUAGCUGGGACAAAUUCAAGUUCGGAUUUCGCCGAGUCCGCCCACAAAGUAUCGAGAGGUGGUAAGAGGAGUUGUGGUUAUGGAGCUGGUCAUCAAAGGUGGUUGUACUAGGGAACCACAAAUAUUAUAAAAAAACUAAAUGGAAAAUGAAGCAAGUAAAAAUACCAACAUGAAAAGUGAUGAAACCUUCUUCUGUCAUCACUCUUCACCUAUUCUGGUUAUCCAAGUCUGCCCCUGCUCAUCAUUGCACAAAGAAUGUUUUUGGAACUCACCGGAUGGGAUUUCCUCGUAAGGAGUUCUGCAAGCAUGUUGUAAGCCUAAUUAUCCGAAUACUUGAACCUACCACUCACAGAAACCAGGUACUCGUAAGCCUCAUCGUUAUACUCAACGUUGAACAACAGCUUGAUAACAGUAGAAUCCAUCGAUUGCCUCGGUCCAAUGCCAGCUUCAACCAUAUGAUCAAAGAACUCUAUCCCAGUACUGAAUCUCCCCUUCGCCACAUCCUUUGCUCAUCAUUUCCUGUAGAGCUUCGUGAGCAACCUGAGUGAGACAUAGAAGCAACGAGAAACAAAGUUUGGUUCUCGACUUAGAAGAUUACUUAUACAUAAAAACCAAACACUAAACACAGAUUUCACGCAUCCUGAUUAUAUAAUUCCAUGACCUAAACUAUAGAUGUUGUUAACAAUCUGAUUCACCAUUUGUUAAUGUGAAUUAUGUAGGUUAUCAACAUCAUGGCUCGAAUCAAAAACACAUCCCGUAAGACUGUGUUGUACAAAGAAACAUAUGAGAAAAAGCUGAUAGGGUCAGAUGAAAAUAAUGGAGAUAGACUCAGCUACAGAUGUAGUAUGUAUCAGGUUAUAAAGAUAGUGGAAAAUAUUACUCCUGCUCGAGCUGCUCUAAUUCAGGGGUGUGGGUUUGGUUUUGUGUUGAAUUUGGCGACGCACAACAUUGAUCGAUGUAGUACAUAUCAGUUUGUUUAUCUGGCUUGAAAUUCAUAUUUGGCGGACAACCUGCUGUAGUCUCUGCUGGCCUAAGUUCAGGUCCUUAAACCCACUUUUUUAAGGAAAAUCUUAAAGCGUUGUGAUUGGCUGCUGUAAAUUUUGGUAGUUAGGGAAGAGUUAUUAGUUAAUUGGUUGUUAAGGGUAUUUAGGGAAUUAUAGGUAAUUUAAAAACACAAAUAGCUAACCCUAAACCCAUGUCCCGUGUUUUUUCUUCCUCCAAGUUGAACCGUCUCUAUCAACGUUUUCGUCAAUCUGUGUUCUCCGGCAGUCCCUUCGGUUGCGUUCUCCGACGUCCCUUCUGCUCCCGGCAACAGUCUCCGCCGUCGGCUUGGUUUUCCGAUUCUCCCUAAACCUGAACUAUCUUCAGUUUCCACCAAAGCUGAACCCCAGCUUCCGUUUCCGCCGUCGGACUAGUCGAUCACUCCCAUACUCCGGCGUAAGUUUGAGAAGGUAGUUUUACUCCCCGUCCGGCGACACUAGCGGUGAAGUCCUCCAUGUCCAGCAUCACUAGCGUUGAAGGCCUUCCCGUCCGGGCAUCACUAGCGUUGUUCUUGUUCCCGUCCAUUCCGUCGUCGAUCCCUGAUCUCUCGGCGGCAGUGUCAAGGUGAUUUUUGUGUCCAUAUUUUAUUUCAUAUGUAAGGGUUUUCCAGGCCCCGCAUGGGUGUAGGUUUUGGCAUUGCAUGGGUGUAGGGUUUUGCGUUGAUGUAUAUGCUAUUGGUAAGUUUUGUUCAAUGGGUGCUUAGGGUUUUUUACUUAUACAGUUUAAAAUCAAUUUAAGGUUGAAUGAUUUGUAAUCUUUUGAAUGGUAAUGGUCAAUCUGUUUACCUGAUAUGUUAAAUUAUCGUUUCAACAGUUUUAGGACGGCGUUAUUAACGUUUCUUCCGCGAGUAUUAAUAUUUAACUGCUAUAUUAUUAAUAAUUAACAUGCUCGUUAUUAACGGGCUUUUUCAGUUAGUAAUAUUUAACACGACACUAUCAGUAAUGUGCUUGUCUCCAUUGUCAAUCUUUUUGUUGGUAUUCGAAAUUGGUUUACAUAUAAAGUUCAUUCGAAAAUUAUGUCGCAGUGGUUUUUAAAAUUUCCAAGGGUGAUGGUUAAAAUUUCUAUAUUUGUACAUUUCCCAUCCCGCAUUAUCAAAUAACAUGUAUGUUAUUCAGGGAUUUUUUCUUACACCCCAGUAUACAAUCAUACAAAAAAGUGAUACAUUUUCAACAAUUUUAGGUUUUGUUUGUGACUUUGUGAAAUGGCAUUAUUAAUGUUUCGUUUUAUGUUAUUAACAUUUUACGUUUGUAUUUUUCGUUGUUCAAACACAGGUUAUUAAUAUAUUUAUAUGCAAUUUGUAAUUUUUGGCAGUGAUCCACAAUAUGCCGCGUACAAAUAAUACAGCGUGUAAGCCUGCGUUGCAUAAUAAGAGGAUGGAGAAGAAGGCAGCUGCACCCAGAGUUGAUGACAAAUAAUGACGUUAUUAUUAAUUAUUAACCUUUUCAUCUCUGUUAUUAACAUUUUCACUUGUACACUUAUCCACACGCAAAUGUAUUUCUUUGUCAAUUAUUAACAAACAGUGACGUUAUGAAUAAUUAUACCAUUUCAAAUUAUUAAGACACCAUGAGGUUGAAGCUUCGCAUCGGUGAUUAUGUCAACAAACUACGUUAUCUAUAUUUUAACCUACAUUAUUAACAUAUUUACUUACGUUAUCAACAUUUUCAGCUACGUCGUUAUCAUUUUAACCUGCGUUAUUAGCAUUUCACCUAUAUACUUAUCCACAUGCAAAAUUAUUUCUUUGUCAAUUAUGAACAAACAAUAACGUUAUUAUUAAUUAUACCUUCUCGAAUUAUUAAUAAACCACGAGGUUAAAG